UUGAUGUAGGCUGAUGUUAACAAGGAGACUAUUGGUUAUCUCUGAUCCCCUGAAACCCGGCGACAUAAUUCAUCUGUAAAAACUGUACGGAAGUGUGUGUGUGUGUGUGUGUUUGUUUUUCUUUCUUAUCUUUGUUUCAUUUCUUUCUGCCGGAGAAGAAAAACCCCAGACAUUGGAGGAUAAUGCUGCCGGAGAGAGGUGUCCUGUGGAACGGGUGCGUUUUGGUUCUGUUUUAAAGACAACUUUUUUUUAUCAGAGUCGGAUGAGUUUGAUUCGCAUCUGAUGCUGUGAAAGGACUGACGGUAAAGAAGGACACGCCGAAAGAAGGACAGCACUGUGUCUUUUCGGGGGUUUAUCUAGAUCUAUCUGUGUGUAUAAGACAUUUUUGCCUCCUUUUGUGUCCCGCACCUCUCGGAGCGCGCCGGAUCGAAAAAUUAAUAAAUCAGGAUUACUUAAAAAAAAAAAAACAAGACAACAACAACAACUUUUUUUUUUUAAUUAAAAUCUUUCUACACUCCAAACCUGAAGCACUUCCUUCUCGCCUUUCUGUGACACUCCACCUUUUGAGGAUCGUAAAGGAAAGAAGGCAGAGCGCAGAAACUGGUCGUGGUGCAGCUGCGCUUUUCCAAGAGACAGAGACAGACAGAGAGAGACACAGAGAGAGACAGAGGGGGGAAAAACAUGGAUGUACGAUUUUAUCCGUCCUCAGGGGGGACUUCCAUUCCUGGAGAUCCACAGAACAUGGAUUUCUCCCACUGCUCCGGCUACUACAGCUACAACAAGUUUGGAAACAACAAUAACUACAUGAACAUGGCUGACGCAAACGGGUCUCUGCUUGCCGGUGGGGAUACGUUUCACACUCCGAGUCUCGGAGAUGAAGAGUUUGAGAUCCCUCCCAUCACUCCUCCUCCAGAGACCGAGUCCGGUCUGGGUCUCCACGAUGGGAGCACAUCCUUCCCCGGCCUCCCAGAACAUCCCAACGCUCAGCGAGCUCAUUUCACUCCACAGUUCCCACCUCAGAGCCUGGAUCUGCCCUCCAUAACCAUCUCCAGGAACAUAAUGGAGCAGGAUGGAGUGGGCAUCAAUAAUGGCCUCCCUGUGGGUAUUUCACAGUCUCAGAUGCGUCAGUACGCACCAAACCCGACCAUGGUCAUGCGCUCCAUCAUCAACAUGAACAACCCCAAUGCGAUGAUGUCACGCAGCCAUCUGACCACCAUCAACCAGUCGCAGCUGAGUGCGCAACUCGGCCUCAACAUGACCGGAGCGAACAUCACCCACACGUCUCCGUCUCCACCGGCCAGCAAGUCGGCUACGCCAUCUCCAUCCAGCUCUAUUAACGAAGACGAUCAGGACGAAGGGAGCAAGAUCGGUGAAAAACGUCCAGCCCCAGAUGCCGGGAAAAAGCCCAAGACCCCCAAGAAAAAGAAGAAGAAAGACCCAAACGAGCCUCAAAAGCCCGUCUCGGCAUAUGCGCUCUUCUUUCGAGACACCCAGGCGGCCAUUAAGGGUCAGAACCCCAAUGCUACGUUUGGGGAAGUCUCCAAGAUCGUGGCGUCCAUGUGGGACGGUCUGGGGGAGGAACAAAAACAGGUUUACAAAAGCAAAACUGAGGCAGCCAAGAAAGAGUAUCUGAAAGCCCUUGCUGCUUAUCGUGCCAGCCUGGUGUCAAAGGCUGCAGCAGAAUCUGCUGAGGCUCAGACAAUCCGUUCGGUGCAGCAGACCCUGGCCUCCACCACCCUUUCCCCUGGCCUGGCUAUGCCCUCUCCGCUAUCCUCCCCUCUCUCCCAGCACCCGUCCAUGCCCUCAGCCUCCCAGGCGUUGCAGCAAGCCCUUCCUCGAGCUAUCGCCCCUAAGCCGCUUCAGAUGCGCGUCGGAAACAGUCACGUCGUCACCUCGGUCGCCGUCGCGCACCAAAACAUGGCACCCGGCAUGCAGUCGCAAAUGCUAGGCCAGAUGUCAUCAUCGCAGAUGAGCCCGCCCAUGCACGCGGCCAUGCAGCAGCAGCAUUUGCAGCACCACCAGAUGCAGCAGCAGCAGAUGCAUCACCAGCAGAUUCAGCAGCAGAUGCAGCACCAGCAUUUCCAGCAUCACCUGCAGCAGCAGCUUCAGCAGCAUCACAUGCAACAGCAGCAGCAGCAGCAGCAGCAGCAGCAAAUGCAACAGCAUCAGCAUCAGUCUCAGCACAUGCAAAUGCAACACAUGCAGAUGCAACAGAUGCAUCAGAUGCAUCAGCAGCAGUCGCAAUCGCCCGUCCAGCACUCGCCUGGAACGCCACAUUCGGCGUCGCUCGGUAGUCCGCAACCGCCCCCGCCGCCGCCUCAGAUCCAAGUCCUCUCACAAGUCAGCAUCUACUAACUAACUAACAAACAAAAACAAAUCCUGCAUUCUCAACUUGGAGAGAGAAGACAUAAAAAAAGCAACGUUUCAAAGUUGCUUUUUUCGAAGUUGCACUUAAGAAGUGUGUAAGAAUAACAUAAGAAUGUUACAAAGAACUGUCCUUUGUUCUAGAUGGAUAUGCGGACAUGUGUAUAAAAAAGAAGAAGGAAAAGGAGCCGAAGGCUAUUGCCUCAAUUUUGUCUAUAAAAUAGGCAGAGCUAUGAAGGGACAGAGUGCCUGAUUGUUUUUAUUAUUUUUUCUGCUUUUCUUUAGUGUGUGCUUUUUCUUUUUCUUUAUUUUAAUCUACCCUUGAGAAAGUUUCUGGGCACAUUGACCGGGCAGAGCGACUGUCGGGUAGGGCAAAUUUUUUAUAGCAAAGCUUUAUUUACAAGGCCAAUAUUGGUGGUAACACUACGAACGCAGAAAAGAUUCCGAUAGCUUUUGACUUGGAGGAUGACAGGUACAAAAUGGAAGUAUUGUUGAACUGUAAAGAUGGGAAACUGAACGCGCAGGCGGAGCUUGUAACACGCUGCACAGGAGAUCAACUGCUCUCUGGACAGUAUAUCAAUAAACAUCAAUAAACCAUUAUUUUAUUUUUUUCCUGGUUUCGUUCUUUUUCUCCUACCAAUGUUUCUGUGAAAGAACCUUGAGGGAGGAAUCACAGAAUCUCCACUUUUCCGAAACUUCACAACCAGAGAAUCAAGAAGAACUUACUUUUAUUUCUGGAGAGAAGAUAACAUCCUGCCAUUGAGCAGUUUUCUGUCGACUUGACUUGAAAAUGAAAACUCCUGAUCCUGCUGCACAUGAGCUGAGGAAGCUUUUCCUCCAACAAAAAAAUAAAUAAAAAGAAAGAAACAAAAAAACUCUGGCUCAAAUGUGUGUAUAAAUAGCACUCCCAAAAAAUCUAUGUAUUUGUCUUUACCUCAAAAAUUUAAAUUAAGUUUCUGUUAAGUUUGUAUUCAUUUUGUGUAAUAAAAGUGCAUAUUUUAAGAAGAAAUUGCAGUCCUAGCAGAAGCUAAAAAAAAGAACAAUUGGGAAAAAAUUGAAAUAUUUUCUGCCAGCUGUAAAAAAAAAAAAAAAAAAAGGGUACGGUGAUGACAUGAAAAGCAAGAUGUAAAUUUUUUCAUAUCACCCGUUCGAGUUUGAAUACAGAAGGCUUUAAAUUUUUCUUCGUAAACUGACCUGUGGAUUGCAAAUGUCACAUAGUGCAACUCCUUUUUUUUUUCUACUUUUUUAUGAGUUCUGAUAGCAGCAGUUCAUUUGUUGUUUCUUUGCUUACAAAUCAAAUCAUCUGCUUUUAAAAAUCUUUCCAUAGAUAAACACAUUUCCGUAAAGUCGCCUGGCUUUCGCAGCAUUACCCAUUCUUUUUGUGUUAUGGAAAGAAAAUGAGUCACAUUCCAUCAUUAAUAUGACACUAGCCAUAAUUCUUUUUUGUAUGAUGCAUUUCACUUCUUUUCUCGUUUCAUUGUUUGCAAUUGAAAUAACAAUCACAAAUAUUUAUUUGAAAGAAAAUCGAUUCAUUUCAAAGAUUAUAUUAGCCAUACUUUUGUAUGAUAUAUUUCCUCAAUGUCUCCUUGUUAGUUAUUAAAGACUAAAAAAAAAAAAAAUAAAGACAUCUUACUUCAAA